AUGAGCUUGGCUCCUAUUGGUCUGCAAGCCCCUGUAGGUCAACCCGCAGUAUCAGCUCCUUUCCUCUCCAAGGAGGAGCAGGCAUUCCUUGCGGCACGGGAGUACGAAAAGGCUUUUGCAAGGAAACGUCGAGAAGAGGAACUGAAGCGACAAGUGAAAGAAGAGUGCAAGCGGAUCAAGAAGGAAGAUAAGGCGAAAGCAAAAGCUCAGGCGAAGGGCCACAGGCUCGAACCGAAGAAAAACAAAGCACAGCGACUGAAGGCAUACCUCAAGGAGGCACAAGCCAGGAAGAAGCGAGAAGCCCAGGAAAAGGCACAUCAGGAGAGGCAAGCGCACCGCAAGCAGAAACGGGCUGAGUACAAAGAGAAGGCAAAGCAUCUGGUUAGCAGAGCCAAGUUCAGAGUCACUCGCAAGUUUGCCUGA